ACGCUGAUUGGCCGGUUUAUCUGUCUGUUUCCAUGCCCGGCUGAGCGUGGUACGGGAUAUAUUGGUAGCAAUUAGGAAACAGGUGAGAAGCAUUUGGUGCAGAAGUUUUGCGAGAUACGUUGGGUGGAUCCUUUUUUCCCAGAAGAGGCCCUUGCGUUUUUCCCUGGCUCAACUCACAUUUUCUCAACCACUAUGGAAACAAAACCCGUUGUCAAUCACCCAUACUGGCCUCGGAAUUUGGAAAUCCCAAAUUACGUCCCAAAUGACCAACCCGUAUGGCAGAGCUUGACAUUCGUAUUCCUUCCUUCAGGAAUCCUCUUGAUACUGACUUGGUUUGUAGCAGGCUGGCGGAGCAAGACCUGGGGCCCUUUUGGAACUUGGCGCACCUUGGGCAUUUGCUGGUUUGCCAUCAAUGUUUUUAUUCAUGGUGUCAUUGAAGGCUGGUUUAUGCUUUACCACAUGGAAAUCCCAGGGGAUCGAUCUUUUCUCUCACAACUCUGGAAGGAAUAUUGCAAAGGUGACAGCAGAUAUAUAAUAGCGGAUAAUACCAUAGUUUGGGUGGAAACCACCACUGCUAUUUUUUUGACUCCCCUCAGUCUUUGGACUGUAAUUGCAUUUCUUUCACGCCAGUCCCAUCGAUAUGUACUACAGCUAAUAGUGUCAAUAGGUCAGCUAUAUGGAGACAUUAUAUACUUCGGCACUGAAUACAGUGAUGGCUUUCGCCAUAGUGAGAUAUGGCACCCUGUCUAUUUCUGGUUUUACUUCGUCUUCCUGAAUAGUCUGUGGACUAUUAUUCCCACUAUUCUCAUCUGGGAUGCCUGGAAGCAUCUCAGUGCUUGCCAGAGUGUAAUGGAUGCUAACAAGGUCAAGAAACAUUGAUGUCUUGCACAGGAGGUCAUUCUGGAUGGUACUUUCAGCCAUUCAGAGGUUGAUCUUGUACUCUUCCUCUUUUCAGUUGUUAUAUUGCAUUGAUGGACAAACACUAUCAUUGAUGGUGGUCAUUCUCUUCCCUUUC